AUGACAUCCUUGUCUCCUUCGUUCAUCUUUCGUCGGGCUAAUGGUAGUUUUGGAGAGGUGAACUGUGACCCAAAGGACGGAGAGGCCGCAAUACAUGGUACAAUGGCCAAUGACUACCAAGGGCCACGACCUCGUAACGUCGACCGACCAUAUCGCAACGAAGAUGAUGAGCCGUCGGACUGCAUAUACUUUCUGCGGCGGCUACGCCAGUCCAUCUAUAGCAGUGGUCCGGACCGCACUCACUGCUCUGCGUGUGCUGAGCCAAUAUGCCACCGACAAAAAGCCUUAGCUGGAAACGACCCAGAUAGCCACGACAGGAAAGCCUACCACUCACUCAUGAUGUCCCCGGAGCGGGUACUCCGCGACCUUGUCACGAACAAUGCUGUCAAGCCCCUGAAACAGGCUGUCGCAGAGACAUUGCUGGAAGUGUUCGGCCAGAGCUUACCAGCAGACCCAGACCUGACUUUACCGCCGCCGUCAUCCGUCUGCCCGGCCACUCCUACCGCGUUUCCUUAUUUCUCAGCUCUCCCUUUUGAAAUCCGCCGCAUGAUCUGGGACUUGGCCAUGCCGUCGCGUGUGCUGGUGCACUCCGAUCUCAUCCAGCCCUGUGACCAGGGCAUCGAAGGAUGUUACUGUCCUCAGCCUCCAUCUAGCAAGGAACCGUGGCGACCCGACCUUUUCUAUACCUGCUUCGAAGCCCGAAAUAUGGUAGAGUCUUAUGCGUGCAGAGAGGAGUUGCCCCAAAAAACCGGCAUAUUGUCAGAGGCCCGACUGGUAGCUACACUGGAUGUGGUGUACUUCCCUUGGCUAGGAACGCAGGUCGCAAUGGCAGGAAAAAACACCAAAUACAGCACUAUCAAGUCAUCUGUUAGCGACGGUUUUGGGCUACAUUCGAUCUUGAAAUCUCUCCCAUACGGAAAAUGGACCUACCAGUUACGAACUCUGCUCCUACCGCUACCUACUGUAGCCUUGGAUGUGGGAUGGAUCGACAAGCAACAUGCAGACACCUUGGCCUGGAUAGCGGGCGUCGACCUUGAGGACGAGGACGGGGACGUGGGUGGGACAUCAUCAGCAUCGACAGCAACGGCAGCAUCGACAGCGUUGAGUUCUUCGUCGUAUCUCAAACACCUUCAGGUAGUUGUUGCCGACAUUCUUGUGCCUGUUAGUGUCCGACUUUACCGGUGCAGCCCAGCCCAGCGCCAACUGCUGUUGCAGAGCCGUGACGGGGACAUUCCAGAUCUAGCAGGAAAAGACUUCACCGUGCUUGUAGACCUGUACGAUGACUGGCGGAUCGACGAGGUGCUUUCACUGCAGACGGAAGAUCCUUCGUCAUGGCGGAGGUAUCGCCAUGGCAGCAAGGAGACAGGGUGGCAAACAGGACUGGCAGGCCGCAUCGUUAACAAAGCGGCCUGUCAUAGGUGCAUCCAAUGCACGCGGACCGUCUGGGAGGCACGCGACUGGGGCCGGUUUGGCUUGCAUCUGGGACAACGGCUGCAGACUUUGUGUCGGCCCAUGAUUGUGUUCUCCGUAAUUCUGGAAUUCACCGACUGGAGGAGCGAGGAGAGAAGAUGA